AUGCGAGGCCGAAGCGGCCACCCGCUCGGCCGCCCCUCGUCGCCCCUUCCCGGGGUCAGGGCCCCACGGACCCGGCCGGCACCUGGCUCUCGGCCCUGCCCCUGGGCUCUGCGCGCCUUCGCCGCGGGGGCCGAAAAAGGACGGCGGCGAGAGGGCUUCGGCGCCGCCGGCGCCGCUCGAGGACGGCGUUUUGCUCUCACGCCCUGUCGCCGUGCCUCCGCCCGACUCCCUCCACCGCGCGCGGACCCCUCGAGGCCGCCGCCGAGCCCCGCCCUGGCAGCUGGCGACUCCUCGGUCGUAACCCAGUUCCCGCUUGGCUCCGCCUGGGGUUUGCACCGGCGAAGCAGGAAAUGCGCUGUUCCCGGUGCACUUCCCUGCUCAGAAACUCGUCCGCGGGGGUGUUUCUUAGAGCCGCACCCCCUCCCGCCCCCAGCCUCCUCCGGAGUCCUGGGUGAAGUGUGGACUCCUUCCCUUUAUUCUCUGGCAUGGAGAACCUCAGACCCCCGGGAUUGGAGGGGGGGCGGCGGUUGGGGUGAAGGCAGAGCUGCCCCCCCCCCCCCCGUUUUCCAGGCGCACACCGUCCUGCCGGCCCCUCCGUAUCUGCCUUGCGACGUUAACGGGAAUUUCAGUAGUGGCGUGGCUUCUGUGCAUCCGCUUCUGCUGGCCCACCCCCACCCUCCUCACACCUUAGAACAAGCCAGAGCUUCAAGCCACCAGUCUUCCCGGCACCAUGCCCACUGUGAGAGGGGCACUCACCCUCCCACCCGAGGGAGGGCGGUCAUGGCUCCUGGCUCCGAGGAACGCACAAUGCAGGACAUUCGUCUUCCUCUCUGAUUUAUUCACCUCCAGCUGGAUGUUCUGGGCCUGUUCUACUGUAAUCAUUUGUGCCCGGCAUGUGAAGGUGAUGCCGACAUCAGUAGGCCAAGUCUAGGAGAGUCUCUCUGUCUUUGGAGAAAGCCAAUCUUCCUGCCCUCUUCAUAUCUACAGCUAGCUCUUUGAAGGUGUUUGUUGAGGGGAUGAGACCACAGCUAUCACCUGGAGCCAGGAGCUGGGAAGAAGGAAUCUCUACCAAGCCACCUGCAGGUUGACUAAGAAAGACCCCCACGCCCACAGCAAACAACAGCGAGAUCUGAGGCCAGGAACCCCUCCCCACCCCCUCUCUCUACGCCCACGGCACUAUUUCUGCGGAGAAAAUGACCCCGUAGUCGAAAGGCUGAUCGCGAUGACGCGUUCUUGAAAGCACAGCUUCUCCAACCGUCUGUGGAGAAGGAUCGGGUUUUUUCUUUUUUGCCAACCUGUCGCACGUGGACACUUUCAGAAGACGGUAAAAAUGAAUCGCUAGAAACGUGAAAUGGCAAAGUCGUGCAAAAUACAAGCCCCCGUUUUUGGUUAAAAGGUUCAUCUGAUGUGCACCGAACUCUUGCAUCGCUACCCCGACCUGCUCCCUUGCGAGAUCUCUGCCUCUGCCCCGCAGGCUGGGCGGGACGGCGCCCUGUCCCACCCCACGGCACAGAGACCUCUGAGAGCCUCUCUCAGAAAACCCGGAACCUUAAAACAGCAGCCUUUUUCUCAUCUUGCACUUUCAGGUUCCUAGUCCUUCUUUAUUGUUUUCGUUAAUUAAUUAAUUUGAGAAAGAGAGAGAGAGCGAGAGAGGGAGAGAGGGAGAGAGAGAAUCCCAA